GGUAUUGAUUCCUGAUCAGCCCAAAUUAAAAAUGGCUACGACAGGUCCAACCAUUCCAUCAGCUCCGUCGCAGCACGGGCAACAUCAUUACCCAGUUCAGAGGGAGAUCUCUGGAGCUUACUCCAUGAUGAGUCCGGCACCUGCACCGCAGAUGAUGUCGCCAACAAAGGACAAUAUUGUCAAUAUUUGUCGUUUUGGGCAGGAGAUAGUACAUGACAUUCUUAGCAGGGCCCAGGAUGUGUUCAAUUUGCUACAAUCUAGAAACAUGCAGGUAUUUGUCUGUAUGAAAAAUACAACUUCAAAUCAUUCCUUUCAAGACAUGUCUAUAACUAAAUUAUACAGUUCAAUUGAUAUUUAUUUUUGUUGGCCAAUGAGAGGUUAUUUAAAUAUUGUUUUUUUCUCAUCAAUUAAAGUUUCUUCUCAUCUAUAAAGGCUAUUAUAUUAGGGACUGCGUUACAGCUUUGGUUUCUAUGAAGAAGCCUUUACUUUCCACACAGGGCUAUAAUAUUGAGUGUAACAUUAAACCAUAAUAAAACAUAAUAAAUACAAGACCAAGUCCGUCCUCGGCAGGGAUCACAAAAUUGCACUUUGACCCCCACAACACUCUCUUGCAAUGCCAGAGAGAGGUUUGUGCUACAUAUUGAAAUAAAACAAGGAUUAAUCAUGAUUAUUCGUGGGUUUAAAAUUUCCUGAUAUAAGUUUGACGUUCCUUUUCUAGGGGUUCUUUCUCCAUCAUAGUUUCUACUAUAAGACUCACAAAGCUUCAGUCAUCCUUUGUCUUAGUCUUUCUGUCCCCAGUUUCUACUUUAAGACUCACAAAGCUUCAGUCAUCCUUUGUCUUAGUCUUUCUAUCCCCACCCAGUCGAGAACUUAUAAAUGUAUUUAAUUCUCUUUAAUUAUUUUUUUUUGUUGAAAGUUCCAAAUUAAUUGAACUGACUUUAAAUAAUGUUCAUGUACAUAAAAAGAACUCAUUUUUAAAUGCAGUAGUUCUAACACUAUGGCUAAAGCUGAAUGUUGUUUUACCAAAUUAUUAAAAAAUUAUUUGAUGUUCUUUACUUAUCCAAAGUUAUUAAUUGUUCAUGUUACGGUAGCAAAACUUUAAAAGAUGUUUCAGUUGUAAAUGAAGAUUAUUAACAGUAAUUAAAAUAUGUUAUUUUUUUCCUUGGUUUGCAGCUUCCCAAUAAUGUUACAUUUCAUGGGAACCAGUACACAGAGCGGAAGGGAAAGCUUGGGGAGCAGCUGCAGCAGAUUGGUAUGAACUUCAAGAGGCUGAGACAUUGCUACAGUAAAGUCAAUGAGACCUGUGACCAGAUAGAAAUGCCCUCUGAACAGGUAGAUCCACAGUUCUUAGAAUAGGUUACAUGUAACACUAGUCAUUGUUUGCGUUGUUCCAAGUGCUUAACAAUAUAACAAAAAAUGUCAUGACUUUUGUUCAGCAGCCCUGAUUACUGUUACAAUUUUGGAGUACAAUGUACAAUUUUGAGGUGUCUUUUAUGAUCGUAUGCGAAUUCCUGUCACAACUAUGUUUCUAAGAAACUGGGUUUUCCUGUAGUUUUUCAGAUUAGAAAAUAAUAAUCAAAAAUAAAUUUUUUGGUUGUUGGUUUUAACAUCCAGCAGUGAAUGGAUUGAGAGCUACAAUUGGUUGGGGGCCAACUAUAACGUUUUUCCUGACUGAGAGGGUAAGGUGGUGGUGUUGAUUUGAGCAAUUUUAUGUAUGGAUGUGCCGGGAAGGGGGGUCUAAAUAUUUAAGUCAAUAAGAUAAACCCCACCAUAUUUUCUUAAUGAUAGUGGGGAUGGUCAUGUUGUUGCCCUGUGUGUUUUUAUAAUUAACUCGCUAGACGUGACAACUAUAAUAUUAGAAUAGUCGCCUUAAUGACAAUUUUAGUAAAUCCUCGCUUUUGUUUUCUUCGUUGCUGUAUAACAUAAUUUUGUGGAAAUAAUUAUUUCGUUUGGCAAACAGUGGCAUUUACGAUUUUUACGAGGGUUAACAGGUCUGCUACAGAUGUUAUAUCUGAAGUAAUUAAAAAGUACAUUAGUUUUUAGCUGUGCAUUAAAUGCCACAACAUUCCAUCAGUCUGGGAACCCCUGAGAUGAAUAAUCAUUUGGCCAUAAUACUCAGUAAUGAUGUGGAAUAACAAUAAAAAUGCUAAAAUCAAAAUUAAUAAAUAUCAAAAUCUUAAUUAUUUAUAAUCUACUGUUUUUAAAAUUGAAUCCAUGACAUGUCAACACUAUUUGUUACAAAAAUAGCAAACCUUGCAACUUCAAUAAAACAGUAUUUUUAAUUUAUUAUCACAAAAAGUGCACUAUGAAAUAUUUUAAAUUGAAACCAAACCAGCGUACAAUUGUGAAUAAGUCACCAUGCCUAAUAUUUUUAAUGCAUAUAUUAACAUAGUAUUAGCUUAGUAUUAACAUAGAAUCACUUUUCAUAAAGUUAUUUAAUAUUGCCCUAUCAUUUUAGCUAUAUUUUUAAAAAAAUUGCUAAUGUUUAAUUUUUAUUUAUUUUCUGGCAACCAUGUUAUUGUUUCAUUUUAAAAACAAUUUUUCUGUAACAAUAAUUAAUACCUUUUAAUCUUAGGAUCUAUGUAAAUAAUUUCUUUUCUUUUGUUAUGGUUCAGGAGCUAAUACCGUAUGUGGGUAAAGAAGUCGAGAGAAGUCAAAAUUAUUCUGAUGUUUACCAUUAUGUGGUUGAUCAACACAGAGAUAUGGUGGAGGUGAGUUCAUUCAUUUCAAACAAGUUACAUAUUUAUUUAUGUUUUUACGCACUUAAUUUAAAAGAAAUGUUCACCACCAAGUUCUGUUAUUUGUCAUAUAAGCACAUAAUAACUUUAACUUAAUAGAGUUUUUUAACCUAGCUACACAUUUUUUUGAAAUAUUUAUUUAAGAUAGGAUUUUUUGUUGCCUAAGGAAUGAAAUUUAACACACAAAACUAUUUGUAAGACCUUAAUGGUGUUAUUUUUAAUAAGAUUUCGCCCCGCCAUCCCUGAACAAUGCUACAGAUUCCCAAGGUAGACUCAAUGAUAAUCUAUGGUUUUCUAAGUCUGUGAGAAUAGAUUUACCAAUGAUAAUCUAUGGUUUUCUUAAUCUGUGAGAAUAGAUUUACCAAUGAUAAUCUAUGGUUUUCUUAGUCUUUGAGAAUAGAUUUACCCACAUUCAGCAAACGAGUGUCAUAACAAAUUCUUAAUUGUUUGAAUGAUUCCAGCAAGUACGUUUGAAAAAUCAACAACUGAAAGAAGUGAUUGACAGCAUGCGGUCCAUUAUAUGGGAGAUCAACACGAUGAUCACAAUGAGAAAAACUUAGCAUUUACUCAGACAGGACAGUGGACAGUCUGUUCAUGUGUAAAUAGGGACAAAAAGGUUAUAUAUUUGUAAUAAUUUCUCACCACUUAUAUGUUGAUUGUUAUUAGGAAAAUGUCAUCGGCUAACAGUUGAAAUGUAAUAUUUUCUCAUCCAUUUGUUGAAUGGUUUUAGAGGCCAUGGCAUACUAAGGGAAAUACAAUUUUUUGGUAAAACUGGAUGACAAAAUAUGAUUUUGUCCUCACAUAGGUCUUAAUUAUUGGGUGAAGAUGAAAAGCUCUCUUAGUCUAUGGAGUCAGAAGUCAUUAGUUGAUAAGAGUACUUUUGACAUGAAAGUCUUUGAAAAUGAUAGGUUGUUGUGUUAUUUCUGUAUGAUUGGUUGUUUAUUUUAUAAGACAAAUCCUUCUCAAAUUGGUCUAAUAGGACAAUAAAUAAAUGAGGUUUUUCAAUUAGUCACUGUUUUUUUAAUUGAUUUUAAAUGAUGACCUGACAGGCAAAUGCAUGUUUAGUGUGCUUGAUUUAAUAGCUCAUCCUGUCAACAGAAAUUUUUGUAGGGUAUAUUCUUUAGCAGGGCUCAGCAGUACAAGAACCUUUGUCAGUCUAUUAGUUAGUGCUAAAGAAGUUUGAAACAAAAAUAUAUCUGAACAUAGGAUAUUUUCUCCUGGUACAAAUCUAAACAUAGGAUAUGUUCUCCUGGUACAAAUCUGAACAUAGGAUAUGUUCUCCAGAUACGAAUCUGAACAUAGGAUAUGUUCUCCAGGUACAAAUCUGAACAUAGGAUAUGUUCUCCUGGUACAAAUCUGAACAUAGGAUAUGUUCUCCUGGUACAAAUCUGAACAACUGAUAUGUUCUCCAGGUACCUAUCUGAACAUAGGAUAUGUUUUCCAGGGACAAAUCUGAACAUAGGAUAUGUUCUCCAGAUACAAAUCUGAACAUAGGAUAUGUUCUCUUGGUACAAAUCUGAAGAUAAAAAAUGUUCUCCAGGUAAAAUCUGAACAUAGGAUAUGUUCUCCAGGUACAAAUCUGUUUUUUGUUAAGUUGACAUUUAAAAGUUCUUGAAAGAACCCCAAAGAGUGUUGUUGAAAGAACCCCAAAGAGUGUUGUUGAAAGAACCCCAAAGAGUGUUGUUGAAAGAUGCCAUUGAAACUGACUGAAUUGUUGACUUAAGAAAUAUAUUGAAUAAAUAAAGCACAGUGAAAAAAUA